CUGGGGGACAUUUAAUUCUCAAACAUGAUGAAGACAGAACCUGCCUCAGACAAGGCGGACAACGGGGCCUCCGCCGGAAACAGUGGGGGGGGCUCCAACAUGAGGAGCGCCUCACCUCAUCGAAAUGCAUACGAGGCAGGUCUGGCGGCGCUAAAGAAAGCUACGGAUCACCUCAAUGGAGGCUACGACCCCGCCUCCAAGCCCGCGCCUUUACCUCGGCCCAACGGGAGGGGUCGUAGAUAUGGAUCAAAUGUCCACCGCAUCAAGAAUAUGUUCAUGCAGAUGCAGUCGCCAGGAGAUGAGGAAGAUGGUGCCAAAGUGAUUGGAAACGAGCAAGCGGUCAAACUGUCGCUGCCAAGGGCAUCGAGCCUCAACGAGAACGUCGACCACAGCGCGCUGCUCAAACUCGGGGGCACCGUUUCGGAGAGGGUCAAUCGUUUUGACACCAAAACGGAUGGAGAAGGUGCGCGCUCCUCCUCAGGAUUGUCCAAACUCCAGGAAACCAGGAGGAUGUUUGAACAACGGACGCUGCAGGAGAAACAAGCUGCUACCAACAGGAUUUUACUGAAGAAGGAGCGAGCUUCUGGUUUCCAGGAUAGCCGCCUGGAUGUGGUGGCACGCUUCAAUGGCUCGACUGAGGCUUUGGAUCGCUUAGACGACCCCCCCAUUCCCGCUUCUGCUCCCGUUCCCGUUCCUGCCGCUGCAGCUGUUUCGGGGCCCGCUGAAGCCGUCAGCCCCACCGUCAGCCAACUCAGUGCUGUGUUUGAGAAGGCUGAUACCCAAAACAAUCUCUACCUCCCCAACCGUCGGUCGAGACCUGCCCCAGGACCAAAGCCAACAAUUCCAGCCAAAUCAGGGCCUGCUCGGAGUCAGAUGAAAGCGCCUCCUGCAAGUCAGGAGGACUUAGAGGAGGUGACAACAGGAACUGUCAGCAACCAGGCGGCAGAGGUUGACGAGACAGAUUCGCUCCCGCAGUGCAACAUCAGCGAGGAGGAGAGAUUUAGACAUUCAGGAGAUCAGCACUCCAACUCUGAUGACAUUUCAGCGGAGGCUAAACCAGAGUUGGAGUCUCAGUUGGAAUUGACAGAAGACUCUAGUACCUUAGCUGGUCAGGAGCCUCUAACCGCCGCCGAACAGGAUUGUUGUCGAGGGGAUAUCGAUGCCGGGGCCAGAUUGGUUCAAGCCGAUGUCCACGCUUCACUGGAAAAUGGAGAAAAAGAGCCACCGACUUUUCAAGUCACACAAGCCGAGGAGGAGAACGACGACGACGACGGCUCGAGGAAGGAGGAUUACUCCGAGGGGGAUCUGGUGGACGUGAGCGCGUACAGCGGCCUCGGCGAGGAUGACUCUGGGGGAAGCCAGCUGGACGAUGAUGAUGAUGAUGACGAAGACGAGGAAGAGUACCAUCCAGAAAGCAGCUGCACGGAAAUCGAGGGUCUUCCUGAGGAGGAGGAGGAACCCAUCGCAGCCAACAGAAAGAUACGAUUCAGCACUGAGCCCAUUAAGGUAUUCACCACCUACUGUAAUGAAGACUAUGAUCGACGUAACGAUGAUGUGGACCCAAUGGCGGCGUCGGCCGAGUACGAGCUGGAGAAGAGAGUUGAGAAGCUGGAUCUGUUUCCCGUUGAGCUGGAGAAAGACAGUGACGGUCUGGGAAUCAGUAUCAUAGGAAUGGGUGCAGGAGCUGAUAUGGGUCUGGAGAAACUGGGCAUCUUCGUCAAGACGGUCACUGAGGGUGGAGCUGCACAGCGAGAUGGCAGAAUCCAAGUGAACGAUUUGAUCGUCGAGGUUGACGGGACCAGCCUGGUUGGUGUAACUCAGAGCUUUGCUGCGUCUGUCCUACGCAACACAUCAGGCACCGUCAAAUUUGUGAUUGGUCGGGAGAAGCCGGGGGAGCAGAGCGAAGUGGCUCAGCUGAUCCAACAAACUCUGGAACAGGAGAAAUGGCAGCGAGAGAUGAUGGAACAACGAUACAAGCAAUACAUGGACGAUGAUGAGGAGACAGGUGAAUAUGCCACAGAUGAGGAUGAGGAGAUGAGUCCCAUGUUUCCCAAUUCCAUCGAGGUUUUCGACUUGGCCGAACACCAAGACUCAUUGUCUCCCGUCGAGCUGGACCCUGAAAAGUUGACCCACAAAUUCAAGGAGCUUCAAAUCAAACACGCAGUAACCCAAGCUGAGAUCCAGUUGCUGAAGAGGAAGUUGGCUCACGCAGAGCAGGAUAAAUUGCGUUGGCGAAUGGAGCGUGCUCAGCUGGAACAAAGCAUCCGGGACAGUAAAGAGAGGAUGGAGAAACUGGAGGGUUACUGGAUGGAAGCCCAGUCGCUGUGUAAGGCAGUGGAUGAACACUUGAAGGAAACCCAGGCACAGUACCAAACCUUAGAGCGGAAGUACAGCAAAGCCAAGCGAAUGAUCAAAGAGUAUCAGCAGAAGGAGAUUGAGUACCUGAAAAAGGAGGCAGCGCACCGUCAAGAGGAGGAAGACAGUGAGGCGUCACACAAAGAGGAGGCGGACAACUUGCAGGAAAAGAUUGCAGACCUGGAGAUCCAAGUGGAUGCUCUCAAGCCCCCAAACCCCACCUAGCCUGCUCGCUCGCAGCUCCGCUUCCUGACCAUAAAGGGAGGACGCGGCUCUCUGCCUUCACACGGACGCACUGUAGUUCAGACGAUCACUCACAGCGGCGGCAAGCAGACGGAACCUGACAAUGUGGAAGAAGAAAAAGGAGGAUGACAGAGCGAAAAGAGCAACCUCUGUUUUGGAAUUUAUGGCCUAUCAGCAAUCCCAGAAUGCAUUUUGUGUGACAGCCACAAUCAUCCUUGUGCGUCUUCCUGGAAACUCUCUCAGCAAUCAACAAGGAAACCAUACUCAGCCUCCCUGUGUUCGAUUUAUAUGUAGAUUUAUUUUCUCCUCCCUGGCGUGAAAAGUGUCCUACGGGGAGGAUGUUGAGGAAACAGGCUCGUCACAAAGUGCUUUACAGAGUGACCGAGGACGGAGGAGGAUUCUUGCUGUGCUGCUUCUCCACUACCCGCACUGGAACUACAGGAAGAUGCAAGUGAUGAGUAGGGCCCAGUUGAACCCAAAUUCUGCCCCAUUAGUUAGCAUUGAAAGACAAGACAAAGAUGCCAACAAACCCAUCUCAAUUUGAAUUUUUCAAUCUAUUUCUCCAUACGCGAAGGAAUCAGGUAAACAUUUGCAUUUCGGGUAUGAAAGCGUGGUGACAUCCUGUUUUGUAAAUAUUCUCAACGUCUAUUUAAAAGUUAACUUAAGCACCGACUUAUGGUGGAGACUCGUGUGUGUGCAGACUAGGGUCGCCGAAUCGUGUGUAUUUGCAUUUAAAUCUGAGAGCAAAACUGAAUUGGCUGUGGCAGUAUUUAGCUCACAUUUUUCUAACUCAAAGUUCGACAUGCUGGACUUACUUGGGAUGACUUUCAAAUGUAGUUUACGGAGUCAUAACAUAUCGGCUCAAGAGACACGGAUGAUAGUAUUAUUAAUUCAUUUGUAUUUUUUAGGGAUGUCCCAAUCUCUUCCUGAUUUCCGGUGAUCGUAGCAUAGCUACAUUAGCUAGCUAGUCUUGCCGUUCUUUACGACAACUGCCGUAAAGUACCGGUUGACGGUAGCUGCGCAAUUCAAACUUCCGUGGCGGUGCAAAGCAAACAUGUCAAAAGUGUGGAAAUAUUCGAGAGUGAAGACUGUCCUAAAACUACUUGCAAUGUUUGCAACAUGGUAAUUUCAAGAGCAGGUAGCAGCAGAGCUACACCACAAACUGGAUUCGUCAUCUAGGGCAAAACAUGACAAUGUGUAUGAAGCGUUUUGCAAAGCUGCAGAUGGAAAGGUUGCUAAAGCAAAGCAGCAGAUGGAAAAGUUGCUAAAGCAACAAAUGCUGGACGUUGUGAGGAGAACCCAAUACUCCAAUAAGAGGGCGAAGAAGAUCACAGAAAGGUUGGUCGAAUUUAUUGUAAUGCUUAUUGAUGAAAUUGCAGUGCUAUAAAAAGUUGAAUUACUUGCUCAAAAUAGAUUUCAGUUUUAUAAAUUUCAAAACUAAAGGCAAAAUAUCGGAUCGGAUUUGAGGUUAAAAGAUCGAAUCCGGGGUUAGAGGCCUAAAAUGCUGAACGGGACAUCCCUAGUAUUAAUUAAGAUAGUGGUGUGGAUAGCAAAAUAUGAUCUCCUUUUUUUGGGAAUGAGCUUCGGUUUAAAUACAGGACAGGUGCAGUUGACUAUUAUUUAAAAAAAUAUAUAUAUAAACCCAUGAACCACAAGCCAGAAUUUAAAGUUUAUAUGAGUAGUUGAUCAUUCUUAGAAAGUGCUUUUAGAUUUUACCAGAGGCAAUUGAAUAACUCCAUCCAUCCAUUUGUGUGAGCUGGCGCCCAUUCUUGCUGACUUUGGUCAGUGUUUUUUUUUUUUUUUUAGUGUUUUAGGUCAAGUCAUCAGACUUGGAGUCAUUUGCAGAAAGCGGGGCUUGAGUGAAAAUAAGUUGAUGGUGUUCAGACAUUCCUUUUGUUUUCAAAUGCUCAGACUACUACAAAAAUGGAUUAGCAGUGUUGUUUGCAGUAUUGUGACUGAACACUUAGCCCCUUGAUGAACGAGUUUCUUACUAUCCACUGUUCCAACAGUGCUGGGAUCAUCGGUUUACGCAAGCUCAUGUUCUGCCCCAGAUGUCCUCUUCCAUUUUUGGAGUUGAUCUUGUAUUUUGGAAUGCAUGUUUAAUUGAAGCACAGCUGGAGCCUCAUGCUCGCCCAGACAAAAAGUAUUUCCUGUACGAAUGGUGAUAUCCUGCACCGGUAACAUCAUCAAUGUGUUAUUAUUAUAAUUUUUUUUUAAAUGAUGCACUUAUGCUUCUCGACUGGAUUUUCGGUUCUAUUUGGUGAGGUUUGUAAUUGAUUUGCCUUGUUAGCUCCUUUUGCCUUUCAAGUUUCUGCAUAGCUUUAAUGUAUGGAAAGUCAUUUGAGCAUUUUAUUCAAUAUCCUGUGAUCCAACAUUAAGAUCCAUGUACUGCUACGCGCUCUUUGUUCCAGUUUUUUUUUUUUUUUAAACUUAAGCUGGAUAUCAGGGAUAAUGAAUAAAUGCCCAACCAUUUUCUACUAUAUAUACUUUCACAAUUCUCCCAUUUCUGCUCAGUGUUCCUGAGAAUCAAAACAAGGCGUGUUUACAUCUAAAACCUGUAUACAUCAUGCAACAAAUUCGAUGGUCUUCCUCCAAAUUGCAUUCAAAUGUUUACCCAUCUCAUUACGUACAGUAUUUCACUCACUGAAUGGAUCUGUUGGAGCAGCUGAAUGUGUGAAGUGCCUUGCUUAAGGACGUUCGUUGAUAGUAUCUCAAGUUGAAUCCCGCAGUCCAAAAGGUAUUUGGUUCACAUGUGUCAAUACUCAGGGCGGAAAUAAAACUGGAAAACUUGUCCUUCAAUCACUACUAACACUAUUGACAUAUCCGCAGUUGCAUUGGUCCAGUAGUGCAGAUGAAAAUGUUUUCGAUAUACGUUGCGAUGUUGUAUCGUGAUGCUUCUUUACCCAGAUGCUAAAAAUUUUUUUUUUUUCUCCAUGUAUUUGGCUUAGAACAAAGUGAUGAAAUAUGAGAUGUGCCAUAUAGUUUUGAAUAGUAGUUACAAGUUAGUGCCAAACAGUGUGAGUGGGACAAUCUUUACCUCUCUAGCCUGGGGUCUGUUCUGUCGUGGAUGUCACCAUGUUUGUCUGAACCAACACCUGUUUGUCAGCAUUUCAAUAAACAUGUUGAACGACA